GAUGAGUUUUGCAAUGUGAAGUUCUGCAUAGAUGCUAGUCAACCAGAUGUAGGAAGCUGGCUCAAGUACAUCAGGUUCGCUGGCUGUUAUGAUCAGCACAACCUCGUUGCAUGCCAGAUAAAUGAUCAGAUAUUUUAUAGAGUAGUCACAGACAUUGCACCGGGAGAGGAGCUCCUGCUGUUCAUGAAGAGUGAAGACUAUCCCCAUGAAACUAUGGCGCCGGAUAUCCACGAAGAACGGCAGUAUCGCUGCGAGGACUGUGACCAGCUCUUUGAGUCCAAGGCUGAACUAGCAGAUCACCAGAAGUUCCCCUGCAGUACCCCUCACUCAGCAUUUUCAAUGGUGGAAGAAGACUUUCAACAAAAACUCGAAAGUGAAAACGAUCUCCGAGACAUACAUGCAAUCCAGGAGUGUAAGGAAUGUGACCAAGUCUUCCCCGAUUUGCAAAGCCUGGAGAAACACAUGUUGUCACAUACUGAAGAGAGGGAAUACAAGUGCGAUCAGUGUCCCAAGGCAUUUAACUGGAAGUCCAAUUUAAUUCGCCACCAGAUGUCACAUGACAGUGGAAAGCACUAUGAAUGUGAAAACUGUGCCAAGCAGGUUUUCACGGACCCUAGCAACCUUCAGCGGCACAUCCGCUCUCAGCAUGUUGGUGCCCGGGCCCACGCGUGCCCGGAGUGUGGCAAAACGUUUGCCACUUCGUCGGGCCUCAAACAACACAAGCACAUCCACAGCAGUGUGAAGCCCUUUAUCUGUGAGGUCUGCCAUAAAUCCUAUACUCAGUUUUCAAACCUUUGUCGUCAUAAGCGCAUGCAUGCUGAUUGCAGAACCCAAAUCAAGUGCAAAGACUGUGGACAAAUGUUCAGCACUACGUCUUCCUUAAAUAAACACAGGAGGUUUUGUGAGGGCAAGAACCAUUUUGCGGCAGGUGGAUUUUUUGGCCAAGGCAUUUCACUUCCUGGAACCCCCGCUAUGGAUAAAACGUCCAUGGUUAAUAUGAGUCAUGCCAACCCGGGCCUUGCUGACUAUUUUGGUGCCAAUAGGCAUCCCGCUGGUCUUACCUUUCCAACAGCUCCUGGAUUUUCUUUUAGCUUCCCUGGUCUGUUUCCUUCCGGCUUGUACCACAGGCCUCCUUUGAUACCUGCUAGUUCUCCUGUUAAAGGACUAUCAAGUACUGAACAGACAAACAAAAGUCAAAGUCCCCUCAUGACACAUCCUCAGAUACUGCCAGCUACACAGGAUAUUUUGAAGGCACUAUCUAAACACCCACCUGUAGGGGACAAUAAGCCAGUGGAGCUCCAGCCCGAGGGGUCCUCUGAAGAGAGGCCCCUUGAGAAAAUGAGUGACCAGUCAGAGAGUAGUGACCUUGAUGAUGUCAGUACACCAAGUGGCAGUGACCUGGAAACAACCUCGGGCUCUGAUCUGGAAAGUGACCUUGAAAGUGAUAAAGAGAAAUUUAAAGAAAAUGGUAAAAUGUUCAAAGACAAAGUAAGCCCUCUUCAGAAUCUGGCUUCAGGACAUAAUAGGAAAGAAUACAGCAAUCAUUCCACUUUCCCACCGUCUUUAGAGGAGCACACUGCGGUGUCAGGAGCUGUGAAUGAUUCUAUAAAGGCUAUUGCUUCUAUUGCUGAAAAAUACUUUGGUUCAACAGGACUGGUGGGGCUGCAAGACAAAAAAGUUGGAGCUUUACCUUACCCUUCCAUGUUUCCCCUCCCGUUUUUUCCAGCAUUCUCUCAAUCAAUGUACCCAUUUCCUGAUAGAGACUUGAGAUCGUUACCUUUGAAAAUGGAACCCCAAUCACCAAGUGAAGUCAAGAAACUGCAGAAGGGAAGCUCUGAGUCUCCCUUUGAUCUCACCACUAAGCGAAAGGACGAGAAGCCCUUGACUCCAGGACCCUCCAAGCCUCCAGCAACAUCUGCCACAAGCCAAGACCAGCCCCUGGAUCUAAGUAUGGGCAGUAGGAGUAGAGCCAGUGGAACAAAGCUGGCCGAGCCCCGUAAAAACCAUGUGUUUGGGGAAAAGAAAGGAAGCAACGUUGAACCGAGACCUGCAUCGGACAGUUCCUUGCAGCACGCUAGACCCACUCCUUUCUUUAUGGACCCGAUUUACAGAGUAGAGAAAAGAAAACUAACUGACCCACUUGAAGCUUUAAAAGAGAAAUACUUGAGACCUUCUCCAGGAUUCUUAUUUCACCCACAAUUCCAACUGCCUGAUCAGAGAACUUGGAUGUCAGCUAUUGAAAACAUGGCGGAGAAGCUAGAGAGCUUCAGUGCCCUGAAACCGGAGGCCAGUGAACUUCUGCAGUCAGUUCCCUCCAUGUUCAACUUCAGAGCACCUCCCAAUGCCCUGCCAGAGAACCUCCUGCGGAAAGGGAAAGAACGCUACACCUGCAGAUACUGUGGCAAGAUUUUUCCAAGGUCUGCGAACUUAACACGGCACUUGAGAACCCACACAGGAGAGCAGCCUUACAGAUGCAAAUACUGUGACAGAUCCUUUAGCAUCUCUUCCAACUUGCAGAGGCAUGUUCGUAACAUCCACAAUAAGGAGAAGCCCUUUAAGUGUCACUUAUGUGAUAGGUGUUUUGGUCAACAAACCAACUUAGACAGACACCUAAAGAAACAUGAGAAUGGGAACAUGUCUGGUACGGCAACAUCGUCGCCUCAUUCCGAACUGGAAAGUACAGGCGCGAUUCUCGAUGACAAAGAAGAUGCUUACUUCACAGAAAUCCGCAAUUUCAUUGGGAAUAGCAACCACAGCAGCCAGUCUCCCAGGAACACAGAGGAGAGAAUGAACGGCAGCCAUUUUAAGGAUGAGAAAGCUUUGGUAACGAGCCAAAAUUCAGAUUUAUUGGAUGAUGAAGAAGUAGAAGAUGAGGUGUUGUUAGAUGAGGAGGAUGACGACAACGAUAUUACUGGAAAAACGGGAAAAGAACCAGGGACAAGCAAUUUACAUGAAGGAAACCCUGAGGAUGACUAUGAAGAAGCCAGCGCCCUGGAGAUGAGUUGCAAAACGUCCCCAGUGAGGUAUAAAGAGGAAGAAUAUAAAACUGGACUUUCUGCUCUAGAUCAUAUAAGGCACUUCACAGAUAGCCUCAAAAUGAGGAAACUGGAAGAUAAUCAAUAUACUGAAGCUGAGCUGUCUUCUUUUAGUGCUUCCCAUGUGCCGGAGGAACUUAAACAGCCGUUACACAGAAAGUCCAAAUCACAGGCAUAUGCUAUGAUGUUGUCAUUGUCCGACAAGGAGUCCCUCCAUUCUACAUCCCACAGUUCUUCCAACGUGUGGCACAGUAUGGCAAGGGCUGCGGCGGAAUCCAGUGCCAUCCAGUCCAUAAGCCACGUAUGACAUUACCAAGGUCGACCAGAGUGGGACCAAGUCCAACAGUAGCAUGGCUCGUUCAUCUAGGACUAUUUAAAAGACUGCUGAGCAGAAUGCCUUAGAAACCUGAAGGGUCACUCAUUUAAAGUCUGGUGACCUUAAACUGAAUGCUUAAAAAAAA